AUGGGGCAUACGCCAGCGAAGCAGGCCAAUUCCAAACCGCGCAAAAGAGGCUUCGGCAACUUGUUGAUCUUAUCUUUGAUACAGGCUGUGCACGAAAUUGGCCUGUUGCAACAGGGCAUCGCGAUGCCAGAUGCCCAGUCCUGGAUGCAUCAAGUUGACUUCAAUUCACCCAGAGAUGAGUCGCAAACACUAUAUACAAGGUGGAUGUCCUAUAUCAACGCUGAAUCGAUAAGGCUGUCGCUUUAUACUCUAGUCUUCCUAGACUCGCACGCCUUUUCUCCUUGCAAUUCUCGAUCUUUGAUGUCACCGAUGGAGCUUGGCUGGGAACUUCCCUUUCCCAUCAGUCUAUGGGAAGCCAGAAACCCUCACAUAUGGCUUUUGAGAUUCAAUGAGAACUUCGGGCUUUCAACCUUUUCAUUAGCCAACAAUCUUUUACACGUGCCACGUGGCCUGGGGACGGCGUCUCUGACCAUUGCCACUCAGCAGCUCAUGACUGAAACACCAGACUCGGAACUCUUAACGGCGUUAGAUGCAUCCCCUUUUGCCGCAUUUUGCGUAUUGACAAACAUCGGUGUUCUAAUUCGAGACUUUACGCGAUGUUACUAUCAAAUGCCGCCAAGUCCGUCAGAUCCCAAUCCGUUCCAUAUACUGACCCAAGCUCAGAACAAGCAAGUGCACGCCGCAAUAGAAGCGAUCGCCAAGAUUGUCAAAAAGCAGGCUUACAAUGGUGAUAGCCCUCAGUUUUUGCUAUGGAGAACGAAUGAGCUCUUUAUCUCUUCUAUCAAGAUCAGCCUUUGUCGCCCAGAUCAACUCUUGGUAGCUGGCAUUGUGGACAAUAGUCUGAUAGCUGGGAUGGCUGCAUCUACUCAUUUAAGCCAAGGCAACCUUGUCGCAAUUCGGCGAUCAGCACCCCUUGUUUCUCACCAUGUUGGUGGCGACGAAGGGAUCGUGGCUCUUCUGAGAGAUCUAUCGGUCGCAUUUUCCAGCAUCUUCGGAGAAGAACAGGAUAAAGUGGCACGCGAAGCUCCAUGGGUUACCGUGACCAGUUAUGGGGUUCUGCUAUGCAUAUGGGGAGCGCUCAAACGCGCAAGCAGUGAUAUCCGCCGCCACUUGGAUACCUUCAACGAACUUCCGAUCACCUCAGAAUCAUGCAUACUGAUUUUCAACACCCUCAUGGAGUCAGUCCUUCUUCAUUCUACAACCGAGAAAGAUCGAGCGACACGAGACCCCCGCCUGUGGACCAUGGAUCGAGAAGCUUUCAUUAGUCUGCUCGAUGAAGGCGAGUCACUAUUCGUUAAUUUGAUCAAGACAUUCUGUCAGCGGCGGUCCUUGUGGGGCAUUGGACCUUCAAUGUUGGCUGUAUUGGGCGAGAUUCCCGGUACUGGGGUCGAGUGA